AGAAAAAUGCCUUCUUCAUCAACACCAUUGGUGUACCUUUGCCUACUGCUGGUACCAUGCCUUCUACUGUUGCAAGAAGCCCGUGCGGCGCACCAUGGAGGGAUCUCAUUGAGGUCUCAACAGAUGGCCCUCCUCCACUGGAAAUCUACGCUCGCAAGCCCACCGCUGCAGAUGAGCUCUUGGCAGGAAAACACCAGCCCAUGCAACUGGACAGGCAUCAUGUGCACGGCUGUUCGCCAUGGGCACCUGAGGCCCUGGGUGGUGACCAACAUCUCCAUGCCGGAUGCUGGCAUCCGUGGCCAGCUUGGUGAGCUCAACUUCUCGGCUCUUCCAUUCCUCACAUAUAUCGACCUUCAUAACAACAGUCUCCAUGGUGCACUGCCAGCUAGUAUCAGCUCUCUAUCCGCACUUUCGGUACUUUACCUUCACUACAACCAGUUUACGGGGAAAAUUCCUUAUGAGAUUGGUGACCUGCAGAGUCUCACCCAGCUUAGCCUCGCAUUUAGUAGACUCAGAGGACAUAUCCCUGCGUCUCUGGGCAACCUAACAAUGUUAACUAAUCUUCUCAUUCACCAAACAAUGUUAUCAGGUCCAAUUCCUGAGGAGAUUGGAAGGCUUGUCAACCUACAAACUCUACAACUAAGCAACAACACCUUAACCAACAUGAUACCAAAAACCCUUGGAAAUCUGAGCCAACUAGAUACUUUGCGCCUAUUUGGUAACCAAUUUUCAGGGCCUAUACCCCAGGAGCUUGGCAGGCUAGUCAAUUUGCAAAGUCUUCAGCUUGGUAUUAAUGAUUUUUCAGGUCCAAUUCCAAUCUCCAUAACCAAUCUCACAAAGCUGAACCAUCUUUUUCUAUUUGACAAUCAAAUCUCUGGUCCAAUACCCCCAGAAAUAGGCAAGCUCACUAUGUUAAACCAACUUGGUCUCUAUCUAAAUCAAAUAACAGGUUCGAUACCCCCAGAACUAGGGAACCUCACUAUGCUCACUUAUCUCGGUCUCUGUAGUAAACAAAUAACAGGUUCGAUACCCCCAGAACUACGCAAGCUCGCUAUGCUAAACCUUCUUUAUCUCCAUGAAAAUCAAAUCACAGGUUUGAUACCCCCAGAACUAGGGAACCUCACUAUGCUAACUGAACUUUUUCUUUAUACAAAUCAAAUAACAGGUUGCAUUCCCCAAGAAAUUGGCAAUCUGAUGAAGCUUGAAAUUCUAGCCUUCUAUCAGAACCAAAUUUUAGGGUCAAUACCAAAAACUUUUGGGAAGCUGCAAAGCAUUCGAGUAAUGCAAAUCUACGAUAACAAUUCAACAGGAUUUCUUCCUCAAGAAUUUGGAGAUCUCAUAAACCUUGUUGGACUUGAUAUGUAUAACAACUCACUUUCAGGACCUUUACCCGCAAAUAUAUGUUCAGGUGGUAGACUUCAAUAUCUCAUUGUAUCUUAUAAUAUGUUCAAUGGCCCCAUUCCAAGGAGUUUAAAGACAUGUACGAGUUUGGUCAAAAUUGUCGUUGAGAAAAACCAACUAACAGGAGAUAUAUCUCAGGAUUUUGGUGUGUGCUUCGCCCUGAAAUUGCAAUGUUAA